ACUUUGCUUUUGGAAUUGCACCACCGAACGCGCGUUCACUUUGCAGCACCUCGGCCCUCCUGUGCCAGCAUGCCCAGAUGCUGAGGUUAUGUAUAUUUUCUGUGAAGUGAGCACAGCGUGCAGAGAUGGCAUGCCUCGGAUGCCAGGAUCGCUGUGCAGGCCUGCUGCUGAGAGCGUGCUUCCCGUUUGUCCGGGCUUCAGGGUAGACCUGGUGACAUAGUAGCCUUUCGGCAGAGCUGGGGAUGUGCAGGAAGUGCUGCUGCAGGUUUGGUCCGGGCUGGGGGGAAUCUGAACCAUUUCUGGGGGGACAGCUGUGUUUCAGAGUCUGGACAAGGGGCUGUUGAAUUCUGUACUGGCUGCCAGGAUUUUGUGGAAGUAUAAUACUUUGUCAUUAUGAGAUGUCGUCUCUCGGUACCUCCUUUGUGCAAAUUAAAUUUGAUGACUUGCAGUUUUUUGAAAACUGCGGUGGAGGAAGCUUUGGGAGUGUUUAUCGAGCCAAAUGGAUAUCACAGGACAAGGAGGUGGCUGUAAAGAAGCUACUCAAAAUAGAGAAAGAGGCAGAAAUACUCAGUGUCCUCAGUCACAGAAACAUCAUCCAGUUUUAUGGAGUAAUUCUUGAGCCUCCCAACUAUGGUAUCGUCACAGAAUAUGCUUCUCUGGGAUCACUCUAUGAUUACAUUAACAGUAACAGAAGUGAAGAGAUGGACAUGGAACAUAUUAUGACCUGGGCCACUGAUGUAGCCAAAGGAAUGCACUAUUUACAUAUGGAGGCGCCAGUCAAGGUGAUUCACAGAGAUCUCAAGUCAAGAAAUGUUGUUAUAGCUGCUGAUGGAGUGCUGAAGAUCUGUGAUUUUGGUGCCUCCCGGUUCCAUAACCAUACAACACACAUGUCCUUGGUUGGAACUUUCCCGUGGAUGGCGCCAGAGGUCAUCCAAAGUCUCCCUGUGUCUGAAACUUGUGACACAUAUUCCUAUGGUGUGGUUCUCUGGGAGAUGCUAACAAGGGAGGUCCCCUUUAAAGGUUUGGAAGGAUUACAAGUAGCUUGGCUUGUAGUGGAAAAAAACGAGAGAUUAACCAUUCCAAGCAGUUGCCCCAAGAGUUUUGCUGAACUGUUACAUCAGUGUUGGGAAGCUGAUGCCAAGAAACGGCCAUCUUUCAAGCAAAUCAUUUCAAUUCUGGAGUCCAUGUCAAACGACAUUAACCUUCCUAACCAGUGUAACUCAUUCCUGCACAACAAGGCAGAGUGGAGGGGCGAAAUUGAAGCAACUCUUGAGAGGCUGAAGAAACUCGAACGUGACCUCAGCUUUAAAGAGCAGGAGCUCAAAGAACGAGAGAGACGUCUAAAGAUGUGGGAGCAAAAGCUAACGGAGCAGUCCAACACCCCGCUUCUCUUGCCUCUUGCUGCAAGAAUGUCUGAGGAGUCUUACUUUGAAUCUAAGACAGAGGAGUCAAACAGUGCAGAGAUGUCAUGUCAGAUCACAGCAGCAAGUAACGGGGAGGGCCAUGGCAUGAACCAAAGUCUGCAGGCCAUGAUGCUGAUGGGCUUUGGGGAUAUCUUCUCAAUGAACAAAGCAGGAGCUGUGCUGCAUUCUGGGAUGCAGAUAAACAUGCAAGCCAAGCAGAAUUCUUCCAAAACCACAUCUAAGAGAAAGGGGAAGAAAGUCAACAUGGCCCUGGGGUUCUGUGAUUUUGACUUGUCAGAAGGUGACGAUGAUGACGAUGAUGAUGACGGUGAUGAGGAGGAUAAUGACAUGGAUAAUAAUAGUGAAUGAAAGCAGAAAGCGAAGUAAGAAAAUUGAAUACGUUUGGGAAAACAAAAGAAACUUGUUAUCUCAAUCUGUACAAAAAGCCAGUAGGGAGGUAGAGAACCAAGCACUGCAUUUUUAGGCCAAUCACAUUUAUAUGACAGUCAUUUCUUUACGAUUCUACUUUUGAUUUGCUUUUGCUUACAGAAAAAUGGGGGAGGAGGGGAAUUAAGCCAAAAGGGUCUAUUUAAUGAAUCAGCAAAUGUGGUGCCUGAUUAUAGAAAUUUGUGAUUCUAUAUGCAAUAUAGUAUUUUUUAACUAAUGAUGUUCUGGCUUUUUUUUAAUGAAUACUUUAUAGUUAGCAUUUGAUUUGAUUUCAUUUCAUUUAUUCAAUUGCUUAAAAAAACCCUACAUUUUGAACAAGCACUCAACUCCUAAUUCUUCUUUGACACUUGAUUUUCUUAUAAACGUACUACAUUUUUUCUUCUUAUGGCAAUACACUGUCCUGUCAGAAAUAAUUGUGAUAGUGACUACAAAAAUCCAGCAAUAAAAAAAGAGAUGAAAGGAGGUUAUAACAAAUACUUCUUCAGAAAUACCUAAGUGCUGAGAAUUUUUAAUAGAUAAUAGCACAACUACUAAAAGUAAAACCCGAGAGAUGUUCUCAAUAAUACGUUUACAGGAGAAAUACUCUAAUUUGAUACCAGCAGCAGAUGCUGCAGGCGUUUAUACCGGUGCUCACCCUUGAAGCUCCUUCACACACUGUCAUCUAAGGCUGAGCUUAUACUUCAUACAAAGAGGAGGAUAUGCUCUAAAGGGAUACCUCCAGGCAGUGUGAGUAUUAACACGGGGCAGGGGCAGGAAGAGGGUAUGUGUGUUUGUUUUCCAGAGGGCUCUGCAUGAAAAUCCUGCAUUUUAAAUACAUGAAUAGAUAUUUUAAAGAGGGAACUAAAUAUUAUGAAAAGAAUAGCAAAGAUAAGCUAUCCUUACUUAGGCAAAAGUGCAGAAUGAAGGGUCCUUUUUCUAUCAGAUCUGGUCUUCUAGAGUUGUCUUUUUUUUUUUAAUCCUGACUCAGCCAUGCUGCUGUUAAACAGAAGUCAGUGUAGGUGCUGCUCUGAAAACCUAGCUAGCCAGAGAGAGAUUCUCAGAAUCUUCACAUAUUUGUCAAAGCUUGUUUAAACUAUAAAACACCGUUUUUUUUUAACUACAAAAAUAUUUGUAGCUAUAUACAUAUACAGAAAGGCAAAAGAACAAAGACUUUUUUUCAACCUCAGUUAGAAAGCAGUUCGUUUGACUUUGGUAGUUCUUUUUACAGAAGAUUUAAGAAAUUAAAUAUUAUCUAAUACUAUUUACAAUUCCAAAGCCUCUUGGAAUUUGAAGCAUGACAUGCUUCUAAUUCCUGUUAAGAGCAGGAAAAAUAUCACAAAAUGAUCAGUAUGCUGUGCCAGCUUUAUCUGAAGAAAAAUAAGUAAUAAGAUGUUCUGGGUGUGAAAUGUGGACCAGUCUGUAUAGAAUAGUGAUGGAGAGAAGGAUCUGGAGUCAGACCGUGAUUCAGAAUUGCUGUGCAGUCUUGGGCAGAUUAUGUAGCUUGUGUGUCUGUUUGCUCAUCUUUAACAUGGGAAUGAUGAAAGUAUCCACUUCAGAGGGUUGGUGGGAGGAUUCAAUGAAAUGAUACGGGUAAAGCACUUAACUCAGUACCGGGCUCGCGGGAAGCGGUCCGUUAAUGUUCGCUACUGUUAACUAUGCCACUGAAAAGACACUGGAAAAUAAGUGGUUUCCAUAGCUGGAAAACGAAACCAUCAACUUCAUGUGAUAUUUGUUGAGUAGGAUGAGAUGAAAGUUGAAGUGAAUUGCCUUCAGGAAAGAUAAAGGAGAACACCUUCAGAACGUAAGCUAUGCAAGCAGAUCUACUCUGUCGCCCUUUGAAGACCGUGCACAUGGCAAGGUUUGCCUGGUCUGAGGCGUCUGCAGGCCCUGCUACCACCCCCAGAGCAGGCAAACCCAGAAAGAAGAGGUAAACAUUUCCCCUAGAAGAUGGGGUCCCCACUUACCCCUUUUGACACUGUCUGUGUCUGUGCAAACAUAGAUGCAGAUACACACCACAGUAUAGAGCUGGUGACAGACAGGUGCAGACAUAAAGAGGCAUCCGUCUGUGCUCAGACACAGAGAAGCCCUCCCUGAUUCAGGCCGAGCCAGUCAAACAGACCCUGGAGCGGAGCAGAAGGGUUGCUUCUCAGCGCUGGACUUCCCAGCAUGUCCUGGGGCUCUGUGGCCGUGUGAUCUGAAGGAGGGCGCCAAAGACCGGGUAGUUUAAAGCCUGUUGGCACAUCUUCCCAGGCAAAGGCAAAGUCGUUCAUCUUGCUAGUACUCAUUGAGCCCCUCCUCUGUGCUGAGUACCAUCCUAGGGAAUAGCCAGACGAAAACCUUUGCACCAUUGCAGCUUAAUGCUAGCAAACUGAGAUCGACAAUAAACAAAACAAAUGGACUGUACAGGAAACAUUUGAUAAGCGCACACUGGAAUAUGAAGCAGGGAAGGAGGAUGAGUCACAUAGGGGAGUGCUGCGGACUUUCAAGCAUGGUCAGGAGAGGCCUCACUGAUACACAGUUUCUAUCGGGCUGAUUUUGGGAUCUGUGCACCUUAUGUAAGAAUAUAAACUUUACCUCUCAUUGGAGGAAAAUCAGCAGUAAAUUUAGAACAUGUGAAAUGCAGACUGACAUUUUUAAGAAUUUUACAUUAAUUCACAUUAAAUCAAAACUUAUAAUUCAAUCUAUUGUGAUAAGGUUUUGGUGCACCAGUAAAAGCAACUAAAUAUGGCAGAAAGAGAAGGGUGAUAAGCCAGCCCUGGGUUUGCCUUCAGUCAGGCUGCCGUUUUCCUCACCAAUAUUCCAGAGAUGGUCACAGCUCAAUACUCUACCGUCUAGAAACUGCAGAGAUUUCUGAUACAGCAGAAUUGAUAACCUCGGUGAUAAGCUUGAAAUGUUCUCCACCUAGAAUUGGGCUAUAGAGAAUUAAUGGCACUGGUUAUUUUACUUCCUGUUCCAAAUCAGUGUCUUUCUAGGGUUUUGAACAUCUCUGGAAUCUGAAUCAUAUAAACAGAAUCUUAAAGUGGUCUCACUCUACCUGUGAAGAUGAUUUAGAAAACUUUCAACUCUAUUAUUAGCCUUAUUUAAUUUUAACAAGAAAUAUUUAUUAGCAAUAUGCAGAAUUCCUAAUGAUGAUUUUAACUGUGCAGCUUCUAAUUCACUUGUCGGGUCAGUUUUUGAAACUGAUGUUGGAUUUAUUUACUGGUGUUGGAUUUAUUUCCAGUUACUUGACUUACAAAAAUGUUCAUUUAUAAAGAGAAUAGUUAAAGAAACAGAAAUCUGAAGAUUCAGAAUGAGAACUGAAACUCUCAAUUGUGGUAAUAUUAUCAGAGCCAUACAACGGAAAAUAUAACUACUCUUUCAUCUUUUUCCCUUUACUCAUAAAGUUGAUCAUAUAGAAUUGGAUGACGCCCUGUUAGCGGUUCUCUUCCAUGAUAAUGCUGUCACUGAAUGGUGUUUGGUGAUGCUGGGGCGUAUUUUGGUUGUCAUGGUGACAGGGGGUAUAUUUAGUACCCAGUGCCUAACAUGUUAAUAUCCUGCAUGCUAGGGCCAGUCCCACCCAAUGAAGAAUCCCAUCCAAAAUACCCAUUGCAUUGUCCCUUCCUCCACCGAGAAAACUGGCUAAACCUGGCAGUUUUAGGAUUCCACAUCUCAUUUUUUUCCCCUAAACAAAACUAUCCAAGUCAAAAGGUGCAUUUUUCAGAAUUACGAUUACUUACACAAUCUGAAUUUUGUAGAUUUGUGCCAUUUAUCUUAAAUCCUCACAAGAAAAAUGUCAUUGAAAGAAAAAUUGUCCUGCAAAGUGGCCAGGUUAAUUUAAAAGGACUCGUUUCUUAACAGCCUUUUUUUUUUUAAAGCAAAAUCACAUUUUAACAUUUUACAUAAAUAACCAAUGGAAAGAGGUUAGAGGCACAGAGCACAUUUGUUUUUGAUGCUCUGGAAAUGUUGAGGGCCAGUUUUUAGCCAGUGAUUUUUAAUAUGUAGUAGAUUGGUUAGACUUCCAUACCAGCUGGGGAACUCAGACUUGAUCUCUGAAAAUCAAAGAACUGAGAGUGGGGGGAAGGUUUGGGAGAGCUCUAAAAAGAUUUCUCACAACACUACAAUGUACACAACUUCAUAUUUCAGAGUUUUCUUUGGAGUGGUAAGAAUUUCAUGAAAGCUAAUUUUACAGGUUACUCUGAGUUAAAUCUUGAUUUUUUUUUUUGAUACACUAGACUUGUUGCUGCCUUUUGAAACUAACAGAUUCUCACCGUAUCACAUAUAGAAUAGGACACAAUUUCUCUAUAAUCAGGUACCUUUUGCUGCUUUGGACUAAGACUGUUUUCCUGUUUAGAUUUUAAGCAUUGCCAGGAGAAGAAUGGCUCUGUCCUCUUGAUGGUAGUGUAGCCUGACAGCUCUAGGUACUGCUUCCCUGUGAUGAGAAAUGGGCAUCCAGCAGGAUAAUGGGGACUAGCUGUGUCUCCUCGGACUCCAAGCUAGUCUGCACUCCAUUGCCUGUGUGGAGCUUUCUGGCAUGUGAUUAUUUACUUCAGAACGAGAGUUUCAAGCACCUACAUUUAUUAUUUUGUAUUGUGUGCAGAAUAAUAUAUCUCUUAAUGUCAGAUAGAAUACACUGCACAUAUGGCUUUUGCACUGUUUUAAAUUUUUGUACUAAAUAAUAGAAAAUAUUUAUAUUCUUUGAGUGUGAGCUUUGAAUAGAUGGCAUUAUCACAUUCUUGUUUUUUUUUUUUUUUUUAACAAAACGUUUUUCUCAAUUAUUCUAUGGCAAUGUUAUUCUGAGCAAGUCCUUUGCCAAAAUCUUGUAUCAUGUUUGUAUGGAAGAUUAAAUUUUACUUUGUGUGGUAAGACUACUCGGUUAUUGACGUCAUCGUUGGAAUUUGAUAUUCCAGCACAAAGUCCACAAUGUAUUCAGAAAUCCAAGUUGGUGUCAUACAUUUCAUUUUGAUGUGAACUUUUCUUUGCUUUCCUUUGUUUUAAGACUACAUUUUGCAAUAAACGUUUUGACAGUAAA